GCGCGGGCGAUGGGCCGCAGGCAGCGCCACCGGCGGCAGCAGGAGCGGGAGCGCGACCGCGAGCGGGGCCCCGGGGGCUGGCCCGAGGGCGGCUACCCGGAGAUCGUGAAGGAGAACGCGCUGUUCGAGCGCUACUACGGCGGGCUGGGCAUCGUGCCCGCGGGCGAGUGGGCGCGCUUCAUGCAGGCGCUGCGGGAGCCGCUCCCGGCCACGCUGCGCAUCACGGGCUACAAGAGCCAUGCCAAAGAGAUUCUCUACUGUUUGAAGGACAAAUAUUUCAAGGAAUUAGAAAACCAGUUGGUAGAUGGGCAGAAAAUUGAAAUGCCACAGCCCUUAAGCUGGUAUCCAGAAGAGUUAGCAUGGCAUACAAAUUUAAGCAGAAAAGUCCUGCGGAAGUCCCCACUGCUAGAAAAAUUCCAUCACUUUCUGGUUAGCGAAACUGAAUGUGGGAACAUCAGUCGCCAGGAAGCUGUCAGUAUGAUUCCUCCUCUUCUGCUUAACGUGGAGCCCCAUCAUAAGAUUCUGGAUAUGUGUGCUGCCCCCGGCUCCAAAACGGCGCAGCUUAUUGAGAUGUUGCAUGCAGAUAUGGGUGUUCCUUUCCCAGAGGGAUUUGUCAUUGCGAACGACGUGGACAACAAGCGUUGCUAUUUGCUAGUACAUCAGGCAAAGAGGCUGAAUAGCCCUUGCAUCAUGGUCGUAAAUCACGAUGCCUCCAGCAUCCCAAAUUUGCAGAUCACCACCAACGGAAAGAGAGAAAUCCUGUUCUAUGACCGGAUAUUGUGUGAUGUACCUUGCAGCGGAGAUGGAACUAUGAGAAAAAACAUUGACGUAUGGAAAAAAUGGACUACCCAGAACAGCUUGCAUCUACAUGGAUUGCAAUUAAGGAUUGCAACACGUGGAGUUGAGCAGCUGGCAGAAGGCGGCCGGAUGGUGUACUCGACCUGUUCGUUGAAUCCUGUCGAAAACGAAGCUGUCAUUGCCUCUCUGCUGGAGAAAAGCGAAGGUGCCUUAGAACUUGCUGAUGUCUCUUCUGAGCUGCCCGGGUUGAGGAGGAUGCCUGGGGUCACACAGUGGAAGGUGAUGACGAAAGAUGGUCAGUGGUUUGAGGACUGGAAAAGCGUACCCUCCAAGUUGCAAACUCAGAUCCGGCCCACCAUGUUUCCCUUAAAAGAUGAAGAGAAACUUAAAGCAUUACAUUUGGAGCACUGCCUCAGAAUUUUGCCACAUCAUCAAAAUACUGGAGGUUUCUUUGUAGCUGUAUUAAUUAAAAAAUCUCCCAUGCCAUGGAAUAAACGUCAACCCAAGUUUCAGCAACGCACACCCCAGAAGACCGAAGAAAUAUCACCUCCCUCUACAGAACACAGUUCUUCAGAAACUGUUGAAGGCCUUGUUGCCACGGAAGCAAAAGAUGGAGACUCCUUGGUAACGGAGAAUGCUGAGAACAAGAAGGAUGGAGUUUGUGGGCCUCCACCAUCUAAAAAAAUGAAGCUUUUUGGAUUCAAGGAAGAUCCAUUUGUGUUCCUUUCUGAAGAAGACCCUCUGUUUCCACCUAUACAGACCUUCUACGCCUUGGAUCCGGCAUUCCCCAAGAUGAAUUUGUUAACGCGCACCCAGGAAGGGAAGAAGAGGCAGCUGUACAUGGUUUCCAAGGAGAUAAGGAACGUGCUGCUGAACAACAGCGACAAGCUGAAGGUUAUUAACACGGGAAUAAAGGUUUGGUGCCGCAGUAACGACGGAGAGCAAUUUGGCUGUGCAUUCAGAUUAGCACAAGAGGGGAUAUAUACCCUCUACCCCUUUAUUCAUGCAAGGAUCGUAAAUGCCACCAUUGAAGAUGUCAAAGUACUGCUAACGGAGGAGAACCCUUUCCUGAGCAAGCUCAGUAGCGAGGCCUGCAGCCAGGUGAAAGGGUUAGCCAUGGGGAGCAUAGUCCUGAAGUACAAGCCAGAUGCAACCAAACCAGAUACCCUUCAGUGCCCCAUUGUGCUCUGUGGCUGGCUUGGCAAGACUUCCAUCCGUGCCUUUGUGCCAAAGAAUGAAAGACUGCAUUACCUACGGAUGAUGGGUGUUGAAGUCUUCAAAGCAAAGAGGAAAGAAGAAAAUGCGGAAGGCGGAACGGAAGCAGACACUGCAGCGGAAAUCCCAGUGGAAAUGGACUCGGAAUGCGACACCAAGGAAAACCAUCAGUUACCUGCACAAAGUGAAGAGGAAUUGAAUGGGCACUCCAUGAAGGAGCUUGCAGAAACCAGUGUUGCUGAAGAUGGUCCUUCAAGCGAUGUCACCGAAUGCACCAAAAUUGCAGAGCUCAAAGACAACGUUGAACUUAAAGACUAAAACGUUAACAUUCAUUACUCAUGUACAUCAUUCUAGAUAAUUAUGUUCUAGCAAAGCAAGUGCUAAUAAAAGGCUAUUUCAUUUUAUUGGGAAAAUGUGUAUGGGGACUAUUUUUAUAUAGUUUUCCUUCUGGGGUUUUUUUUAUUUUGGAGCAGGGUUAAUAGACAUUAUCUUCAUUUUCUUGUUUUACCAUGUAAGCUCCAUGAUGCUUAUAACUUUGAAGGGUCUGUUGCAGGCAAUGGAUUUUGCAUCGCUAAAAUGAUAUUUUCAGUGUCGAAAUUAAAUAAAUUACUGCCCUGUGGAUAUAUUUGGUAAAAUUGA